AUGGCAGAUCUUUCUGUUUUGUUCCUGCUUUCUACAUUGUUUUCCUGUCAUUCUUUCUCAAGUUACAUGUGCACUGAUUUGAGAGCUCCGCUUAAGCUGGAGAAGCCACUCAACUUUUGUUCAUACACUGGAAGUGCCUGCUGUGACUCUGCUAAAGAUUUGCAGAUGCAUAAAAGCUUUCAAGCUUUGAACGUUUCUGAUGCAGCAUGUGCUUCUGUCUUGAAAUCUAUUUUAUGUUCAGCCUGUAGUCAAUUUUUUGCUGAGUUGUACGAAGUUAAGUCAGGGAUCAGAGAAGUUCCAGUUCUUUGCAACUCCACAGGAACACAUAAAUCACCUCACUUCAGCACUGGUGCUUCAAUUGCCUUCUGUCAAAACGUAUGGGAUCUAUGUGGGAAUAUAUCCAUAUUGAAUUCUCCAUUUGUGCAAUCAAAACUGGGCAGAUUUGGAAUUAUAAGUUCCUCUCCUUCGAAGUUAGUGGAUCAAUGGCAGUCCAGGAAAGAUUUUUGUGAAGCAUUUGGUGGGCCUUCAGAUGAAGGUGAAGUCUGUUUCGAUGGAGAAUCUGUUUUGUUUGAGCAUGAAGGAGCUCCUCAACAUCCAGAAGGCCUGUGUCUUGAAAAAAUACAAAAUGGGGCUUAUCUUAAUUUGAUACCACAUCCAGAUGGCUCUAAUUGUGUCUUCUUGUCCAACCAAAAAGGUAAGAUAUGGUUGACAAAUGUUCCUGAUGUUGGAUCAAGUGAGGUUUUGGGGAUUGUUGAGUCCCAACCGUUUCUAGACAUAACUGAUCAAGUGCUCUUUGAUACUGAGUUUGGUUUAAUGGGAACGGCAUUUCACCUGAACUUUGCAAACAAUGGUUGCUUCUUUUUGUCAUUCAAUUGUGAUAAGAUGAAACAGCAAGGGUGUUUUGGUAGAUGUUUAUGCAACAUAGACGUGAAUUGUGAUCCCUCAAAGAUUGGUGCUGAUAAUGGGAUCCAGCCAUGUCAGUACCAUAGUGUUAUUGCGGAAUUCACUGUCAAUGGCACUGCACCAAAACCUUCCAUGUCAAAAAGAGCAAAUCUUCUGCAGGUGAGAAGGAUAGGAACAAUGGGUCUGCCAUACAGGGGUCAUGCAGGACAGCUUCUUUUUGGACCUGAAGAUGGGUAUCUCUACUUGACAAUGGGAGAUGGUGCACGCAAAGAUGAUCCUUACAAUUUUGCACAGAAUAAGAAAUCCCUACUUGGAAAGAUAUUGAGAUUUGACAUCGAUAACAUUCCUAGUGAAAAAGAAAUAAACGACCUUGGUCUAUGGGGAAAUUAUUCUAUUCCAAGAGAUAAUUCAUAUGUAGAAGACAGGGAACUGGCACCUGAGAUCUGGGCGUUUGGAUUUAGAAAUCCUUGGCGCUGUAGUUUUGAUUCAGAAAGGUCUUCCUACUUCCUCUGUGGAGACACUGGACAGGAUCAAUAUGAAGAAGUUGAUAUUGUCACAAAGGGAGGAAAUUAUGGCUGGCGGGUAUAUGAGGGACCCCUUCCUUUCCAUCCACAACUUUCUCCUGGAGGAAGUACCCCUCCUAGUUCAAUGAGUCCUAUCUUUCCGGUAAUGGGUUAUAGUCACUCUGAGAUAGAUAAGAAUCUUGGAUCAGCCUCAAUAAUAGGUUGUUUUUUCUAUCGGUCAUUGGCUGAUCCAUGCAUCAAUGGGAGGUACAUAUACAUGGAUUUGUAUGGGGAAGCUGUCUGGGCAGGGAGCGAGUAUCCUUCAAACAGUGGCGACUUCACUACUUCAAGAAUUCCUUUCAGAUGUGCUCAUGACACUCCAAUCCCAUGUGUCAUCACAACAGGAAGUUCUUCUCCUUCCCUCAGAUUUGUGUUCUCACUUGCCGAAGAUAACAGGAAAGAUCUUUAUAUCCUAACAAGCACAGGCGUUUAUAGAGUUGCAAGACCAAGCCGUUGUAACCUCAAAUGUUGUAAAGAAAUUGUAGCAAAUGUGACUCCAACAUCACACUCUUCAUCUUCCAUAGCUAUCAAUGUCUUGAAGGGUUGCGGAUUUAUUGGUCUCCUUGUCUUCUUUGUACUAGUACUUAGCUAUCAAAACUACUAAAGAAGGGUAGUUGUCCUGGAUCAAGCAUUUGCAACUUGAGGAUAAAGUGGCUUAUCAUGGAUUAUAUUAAUGCCAUGGAACAAUUGGGCAAGUGUUCCACCGAUCCUGUUAAAAGCGCUGAACAUUUUGCUGACUUUUGUACAUGAUGUGCACUUUGGGGAAGAGAUCAUAAUUGAAAAACUAUAAAUUGUUCACAAAGAGAGGCAGGAAGCUACUCGCUUGACAUUCCCCCAUGUUUUGAGUAGCUAAUGCAGAUAUGGAGUUGCUUUUCCUUGACAAAGUAGGUGAGCGGGCAUUGAUUUAUAUGAUGAAGCUGCAGAUAGCGUGGAGCUAUGGAAAUUCUCUGCCUAAUACUAAAACCAUCGUUUUUCCAUUCACUAGAUAUAAAAAUGAAAGAGAAGAACAAAUUACUAGAUUAAUAGAUAAUUGGGUCAAUGCUUAUUAUUUUAAAAGAUGUUGAUUGUUGAUGACACAUGGGAUUGGAGAAGAUUGGAUGACAUCAAAGUGUUGGAAUACAAAACAUGGAGACAAGUCGGUGUUUGUUAAGAUAUCCCAAGUGAUAAAUGGUGCUCUUGCUACUGUCCUGCAGUUUUAGAUCUAUUUGUCUUUAGCAUACAUACAGGACAUCAUUAUC